AAUGGUGCAUCCAAAAAUGUGUCUUCAUUAUGUCUGUGGAUGCAAUGCUUGAGAAUAUUUAGCCUAUAUUUUAUUUAAGCAGUGACAGGUGUAACAAAUGAGUACAAUAUUAGUAGAAAUUUCAAUUUCUCAUUUAAUGUCAAUAAUGUUUUAUUUAGAUACCAGAAUUUAACAAUUAAAGAAAUACAUCAUACAAUAGUUGCCCACUGAAAUCGAUUUCAUCAGUUACAAAGCAUUAUCAAACAAUACUAUGCAGCUACAUGAAGAUGAUCCGUAUCUGAGCCUAGAAAACUGUUCAAAACAAAGGAGUUAUCUGUUCCCCCCCUCCUUUCCAUAAGUCACACACAGUCACAUGUUUUGUUUUCUAAUCUGGAUACAUUUAGCCAGGUAAUCAGCUCUUAAAGUCUUACUGUGGAAGAGCGGACAGGAGUGAGACAGGGGCACCUGUCGUUCGUGUUGCCUCCAGUCCGAAAGAGAGCUCCUUUGCAGAAAAGGCGAUUCCUGACCCCUCUCCCUCUCUCUGCUUCUCUGUCUUUGCAUAUAAAAGCAUGUCCCAGACAGUGAAAAAUGAGAAAGAGAGAGCAUCUUCCACUGACAGUGCCUCGUCACGACCCCUUAAACCGGCCCUGAGGAAAGGCUCUCGCUCCGAGUCCGCGCCCUCGGAGACGGCCACCCCGGAACCGGGAGCCGCCACGCCCCGCCGGAGGAAGGGGUCGCCGUCCGAGCCUGUCCGCCGCAAGGCCAAAAAAGGGGGCGAGAACGGCAAGACGUACACCCCGCUCCUCAACGCCGUUUUCGGACAGGAGAGAGAACUGUCUACAGUAGAACUGGAUGAGCUGAACCAAGCCUUCAAGGAGUUUGACUACGACCAAGAUGGCUACCUGAACUACAAAGAUGUCGCUGAGUGCAUGAGGACCAUGGGGUACAUGCCGACGGAGAUGGAACUCAUCGAGAUCAUCCAGCAGAUAAAGAUGAAGCUGGGGGGCCUGGUCGACUUUGACGACUUCUGUGACCUCAUGGGGCCCAGAAUGACAGAAGAGACGGCCCACAUGGUGGGAGUGAGAGAGCUGCAAUGUGCCUUCAAGCAGUUUGACUUUGAUGGCGAUGGACAGAUCACCCAGGAGGAGCUGAAGGAGGCCAUGAAGUCGCACCUGGGCGUGAAGCUGAAGAAGGGAGAACUCGAGGAGAUCCUUAAAGAACUUGACCUCAACGGCGAUGGAAACCUGGACUUUAAUGAGUUUGUUAUGAUGCUGUCCUCGCAGUAGCUACUGUCAUGGUAACCACAGGAUCAGGGCUGAGAAAGGACUAUGUCACCCACUUCCUGGAUUGAACCCAUUCUGAGCAUGUACAUAUAUCCAUUGUUACUAACGGAUUACAGAACAGUAAAUAACAUGAACAUAUUCAUGAAUAUAGAUAUACUCAUGUGUAUGUCCAGUUAAGUUUCUUCAGGAUUUGUCAAAAUCGUUCAAGUUUAUGUCAAAGGUAUUGCAAUAUUGGAGAAAUAAAAAGA